ACUACCUGAAUCAAAACUCCGGCCUUGGUGGUCUUUGAACAACCGGACUUUUCUCGGGUAUGAGCAACGGGACUUUUAUAUACAAUUCUUAAACCACCCCCCUCCCAGUUUCCUCUGCCUGCGUAAGGGAUAAGGCAGCGCAAUGCCAAUGUUGUGCGUGUAGUUGUGUAGUGUAGGUAGGUCUCUCUCUGUGUGUCCAUCUGGGUGUUUCUAGGACUAGCUAUUCCCCACCCCACUCCGUUCCCCUCAAUUUUCAACUUCUGCACUGGAGCAACCUCGUUCGAAACGCAAAGCGAAUGUAUCCUAAAUUCCAAAAAACCCCAAAUGAACCGAGGGACUUGCAUCAAGAAUGUAUCUUUCUUUCCUUCUUUUCAUGAGCUCGGUGUAUUAAGUUAUUUGGACAGUCCCGAAUACAGUAAUAUAAACCUUACCCUCCCUUUGGUGUGGCUUGUUUCAUUUUUUUUCCUAAUGGGGGAAUGCUGCGUCUCAGCCUGCUGGACCUUCUCUCAUCGGGGUUUCGAUCAAACGAAUCUCUCCUUCUGACUUCGGCUCAGGCACAGUCGAGAUCGUCCGCGCCCUCGGAUCUUCCUGCCUGUCCAAGCGGCCUCUACGGUUUGUGGGAGCAGCAGCCGCGAUUUCAAGGAGUGUGCAACCGGGGAAGAUUCCCCCCCCCCUCCCAGCCAAGUCCACCAGCCUUGGAGAUGCGACCGGAAAGUCAGGGCACCUCGGAGCAUCUUGCUUAUUUUCUCUCUCUCUUUUCUUUUCUUCCCACUUUUUUCUCAUUAGAGGAGACAAGAUUGAAGCUGCAUUCAAUCGUGCAUUGUUUAGGGAGGAACUCUGGGGGUGUUGGGUUGUGCCUUUUUUUAAAAAAAGGAAGGGAUGGGGGCAGCUGCCGGGAGGAUCAAUCGGAGCCGAAGACAGAGAGCUGUCGCUUCGGGUUUGCUGGCCAAGACCGAUGGCCCCCAAAGGGCAUGGACGGGGCCAGCCUGGCCUCAUCCUCGGAGGGUUUGAUCUGCCCUGCGACAAGGCUUCUGCAGCCCACCUUUCCUCAUGAGGCAGUCGGGUAAGUUCUUUUGCUUCUUAGCGAGGGAGGUGUGCAGAUUUGGCUAAAAAGUGGGCCAGUAGUUUGCUGCUGAAGUUCCAGCAAUUUGGGGGCGGAAUUGGGAAUGAGAGGGUCAAAUGGACAACGAAGCUAUUCAGGGCAGAUAAAAAGAAAGUGCUUCUUCACGCCGCGCAAGGAUGAGCUAUGGAACUCGCUUCCACAGGAGGCAGCGGUGACCUCUAUGGCUUUGAAAGAGGACUAGACAAAUUUUGAGUUGCUGGUGGCUACUAGCCAUGAUGGCUGUGCUCUGCCUCCACAGUUGGAGGCAGCAAUGCUUCUGAAUACCAGUUGCUGGAAACCAUAGGAGGGGAGACGGCUCUUGUGCUCGAAUACUGCUUACUGGUUUCCCUCCCCAGGCAUCUGGUUGGCCAGGCCCCUAAUUGCUCUUAUAUGCUAAGGACGCGCCUGUAACAAUCUUGGAUUUUGCAAAGACUCAACGAGUCAAUAGAGCAGCUCAAAUCGACGGGAAUUUGGCCUUCACAGUCUUGGGAGACGUGAUGAGCGCCCCGCGCGCUUGUUUUGCGCCAAGCCGGGCACCUGGAAUCAUUUCCCCGUUCUUGACAAAUGCAGGAGGGAAACGGGCCCUGGAAGGGCGGGGCGGGGUGUAGGAUAGAUGGAUGGAGAGCCAGAGAGUCCCCCGUUGACAUUAAGUGAAACAGGGAAAGGUGUCCUCUCUGAUCUUGACAUCCUGCAAGAACUUUGAAUAAAGGCGGAGACCUGGGCUUUACGCAUCUAUGAGUGCUGGCAGGCGCUGCAGCGGGGAAGGAGGCACCACACACUUAGGCAUCUCGGUUGGAAAGUGGUGCAGCUUCACCUCUUCACCCCCUCCCCCCGCGCGCUCCAGCACUUAUAGAUGCUGUAUCUCUAAGGGGCAGCCCUAUUUGGGAAGUAGAAAAUACUCCUUUCUCUCUCUCUCUCUCUUUUUUAAGGACCAGUAUUGAGAAAAUCCUGGCGCUUUUACCGCUAAUGUCACUCGUUAGCCAUUCUUAUGUAGUCAAAAGGGCACCCCUGGGGCUAGGAAGGUGAUUUGAGAUAGAGCCUUAGCGGGACAAAGCCGGGGUAUAAGUAUUCUAAAUAAAUAAGUGUAAAAAACUAGGGACGGAGAGACAGGACUAAGCAAGUUCAGUGAGUACACAACUGGGCUAUUGGGAGAGAGGAUGGGGUGUGCGGAAUGGACCCGCAUGUUUCUGGUCCCGCUUUGUCUGAACAGGAAAAGAGAAACCGACCGUGCCUUAGGGUUCAAAACUAGUCGUUCAGGUCUUUUCAGCCUGAGGUUCUUGUCACCGUCUAAGAUGGCCAUUUGCUCGUCGCUUGUGGCCUUCGGGUCUUCUCUCCGCAGGUCAUGUCUUUGUGGUCUUUUCGUUGAGGGACAUAAUAAUAAUAAUAAUAAUAAUAAUAAUAAUAAUAAUAAUAAUAAUACGGUAAUAAUAAUAAUAAUAAUACAAAAGCAAGUGCAAUAAACCUCUACAAUAUGCAGUAAAGGCGAGAUACAAUGGGGUGGGGUGGGGGAGUCACCAAGCUGCUUACUUAUCAGCGUUCAAUUCCCUUACCCCUACUGUUGCCACAAAUGCAACCUAAGACAUUCGCCCACGCAAGAGCACGUGUGUCGUGUUAUUUCCUAAUUUUAUGUUCAAUAAAGCAGACGCCAGUUAGCUGUAAGGUGACUUCAGAACGCGGCUUGGGAAGCGACCGCAUUUACUUCGCUAAUCUCUCCAGGAGAGCUGUUCCCCUGGCUUUGCCGGUUCCUUGAAGGAAUUUUGCCGGCUGCACCCGAGAUAAAUUUGCUGAGCAAUUGCCACCUUCGAAGCGAAUCUCUGCAAAAGAGAUGCGUCGCUUCGGCGUCAUUCCACCCAGAACUUGGCUGCAAAUGUUUAGGAAAGCGGCGCAAACCACAGGCAUUCUCCGCGCAGCGAUUAGAGAAACUUGGGAACUUCAUGGGUGCAUAUUAUUAAUAUUUGCUAAUAAGAGUCACUAGCAUUCGUUGUAUUAGCGGUGCAGAGUUGGUAGUACAAACGUCCCCUGAUCGAAAGCUAUGUGGAUUGGGGCGGUUGUGUAGUUACUAAGCUUUCCCCGGGAGGGACUCACCCUACUUACUCUACUUACCGGUACUACCUUCAAGCUAAGGUAGCUGGAAGUCCGGCCUGCGUAAAUGGAGAUGGGGCUGGACCAGCUACAAUCCGCGAUAUAAAGUGAGAGAGAAGCACAGAUUACAGGUCAGCUAAUGGGCGCCUCGCCCCAUUGCUACCUAUGGGUGAUAUUUGGGAGUUAGCAAGCAAGGGCUUUCAUCUCCCUGUCUUCGCAUCUCUCUUUAAUAUUGCUUGAAAUGGCAGUCCCGCCUCUCCUGGAACGACAGGACCCAACUCCGUCGGACUGAAGUAGCCCUGCUUCGCCAUUGCCCACGCGGAGGGAAUUUUUACACCCCACCGAAGUGGGCCCAGAGGGGUUAUUUCAGGGAGGGACGGGGAGAGACGCGUGGCUUGCCGCCUGCGGCUUCCAAUCCACAAAACACCUAACCACCCUCUUUGGGGCGGCAAAAGAAACCCAGUUGGUUUAUUCCAUGUACAUCGCGCUUGUCCUCCAAGUAGCUGAGGGGUGAUCCAUAGAGGCACCCCGCCCCCAGCCUCCUCUCAUUUAAUCCUCUGAACAACCCUGCAAUGUAGCUUAGGGAGAGAAUGAUUGGCCCAAGGCCACCUGGUGAGCGUCGAGCUGAGUGUUCCUGCCUGAUCUUCUGUAAACCAGAUGUUGACAGACUUCAGGCUGGUGAGAUCUGCUUAGAGUUUUUAAACCCGGAGAUACACCAACCGUAGACAGGAAGCUAGAGGCAACCCCCCCACAGCACCUUGGGAUCCACUGCCUCUGAAAGUGCAAAUUCCUCCCACUAGGUAACAACCUUAGUUUACAGCUUCGUGAUAGAGCACCCGCUUUACAGGUCGCGAGUUCAAUCCGGGUAGGCCUGGGAGGGAACUCCUCCCUGGCAUUCUGGAGAGCGUCUGCCUGCCCGUGUAGAUAUACCUGGCUUGGUAUAAGGCAGAUCCCCAUGUUCCUGAUUUAGAAAGGGCUGACUGAGGUGAAUUAACUGUUUUGUUGUUACCAAGAAGUCUUAUUACCCACAGAUCUUUCUGCGCGCCCCUGCUCUGAAUCACUUUUACAGAGCUAACCUGCGGCGACCCUAAGCCCGCUUACCUGGGAGUAAGCCCCACUGAAUUCAAGGGCGGGUUUUUUGUUUGUUUUUUACUAAUUUCUGAGUAGACCUGGCUAGAAUUGCCUUAACCGUAGGGGCGGGGGCUUAUUCCCAGGUCUCAGCUCUCCUGGCAUAAAGCCCUGCAUUGCUCCCGGAGCCAGUCCAAGCAGCGCCUUGUGCUUCCAAUGGGCCGCCUGGUUUUCCAAAUCCAGGCGGUGCGGAGAGGGUCCCGGUGGGCUGCUAUUGGGUUACCUGCGAGGCGAGUCUCCCCCUCCCGAGACAGGAGAGGUCCGUCCCAGCAGCGCUUUCCUCCUCCUCCUCCCCCCACCUUUCAUCGCGAACCCUCUCAGGCGCCAAUCGCAGCGCUUUCGGCCCCCAGUUUUAAAUAUGCAGCGGAGACGUCAGCAGGCGCACCCCCCCAGCGAAGGUGGCUGGCCAAUAUCUAUAUAAAUCUGUGCAAGGCAGAGAAUAGUUAAAAGGGUUGUGCGCGAAGGAUGGUCCCAAAGGGUGAGAGAAGGAGCGCCCGAGCGCAGACGGUUUUUGACAGCUGGGCAGAGAAGGGGAAACGCGGAGGGGGGUGAAGAAGAAGCCUCUUCAGAGUCCUUACCCCAAGCGCGAGCAGCCUAGGCGGUCAAAUCCUCUUUGGAUGCCGAGGGGCUGACCGUCGAGGAUGGGGCUCGUGGCGCUUGCAAGUGGGUUCGAGGGGCUUGGAUCCCGAUCCCAGGCACGCCGGUUCUGAGCAGAAUGGCCCCCUCUCGCUCCCUGACCGCAAAAGGAAAGGACGGCGCGUUGUAGUUUCCCCGAUCCUUUCAAAGUAGGUUGCGUUUCUUUCAGACGCGCAGUGGAAACGGGAAGAGACCCCCACCGAGGUGAGAGCAAAGUGGCUGCGCUGUUGGGUUUCCUUUUAUGUUUUGUGGGGGCCGGGGCGGGGGGAGACACACCAGGAGAUGUGUCUUGGAGGUCUCCUUGACACCUCCCUCCGGGUUUGAAUCUCGGGUUUUGUGCGGGCGCGCCCGCUUUGGAUCGCAAGCUUUGCGUAAUAUUCCUUUGGGGACUUUAAUGGACGGGUGGCGAGGAAAAGCAUCUUUGAAUAAAAAGUGGCAUUUUGGGGAUGGGUUGGCUUCUUUGCUUCCUGUAUGGUGAGUUGAGCCCACCUCUAUGAGAAUCCUAAUCCGGAGUAGGAUGCCCUGGGUCCUGGCAUCUGGCAGCAGAGCCUUGACUGCGAUUUCCCCUCUCCAAUAUUCCCUUUCUCUCUUCCUCUCCAGCUGAAGCCACAGUCAGCCAGUGAAUUCCGCCGGGCGAUGCUGCCCAGCCAGAGCGCGAAGAUGCUACCGUCGGUGGCAACCUCUGAGGAUGCGCUCUCCUGGCUGGAGGCUGCGCUGGCUACCUGCCUGGCGGUGGCCUUCCUGCUGGCGCUGGCGCGGCACCUGUGGGCACUGCGCUGGAGCCUGAGCCGAGACCGCACCAGCGCCCUGCCACUGCCCAAGGGCUCCAUGGGUUGGCCCUUCUUCGGCGAGACCCUGCAUUGGCUGGUCCAGGGUUCCAGCUUCCACAGCUCCCGGCGGCAGAGAUACGGCGCCGUGUUCAAGACGCACCUGCUGGGCAAGCCGGUGAUCCGCGUGAGCGGCGCCGACAACGUGCGCAAGAUCCUGCUGGGAGAGCACAGCCUGGUGAGCGCCCAGUGGCCGCUCAGCACCCAGAUCCUGCUGGGCUCGCACACCCUCCUCAACGCCAGCGCCGAGGCGCACCGCCAGCGCAGGAAGAUCCUGGCCAGAGUCUUCAGCCGCUCCGCCCUGGAGAGCUACUUGCCCCUCAUCCAGAAGGUGGUGCGCUGGGAGCUGCGCGGCUGGUGCCAGCAGGCGGGCCCCGUCGCCGUCUAUUCUUCCGCCAAGACCUUGACCUUCCGCAUCGCCGCGCGGAUCCUGCUGGGACUCAGCCUGGAGGAGAAGCAGUUCAAGGAGCUGGCUCGGACCUUUGAGCAGCUGGUGGAGAAUCUCUUCUCCUUGCCGCUCAACAUCCCCUUCAGCGGGCUGCGGAAGGGAAUAAAGGCUAGGAAUCUGCUACACGAGUACAUGGAGAAAGCCAUCUCGGAGAAACUGAAGCAGAAGGAUCCUGAGGCUCACAGCAAUGCUCUGGAUUUCAUUAUCAACAGUGCCAAGGAGCAUGGCAAAGAAUUUACCAUGCAGGAGCUGAAGGAGUCUGCGAUUGAAUUGAUCUUUGCUGCUUUCUUCACCACCGCCAGUGCUACUACUUCCAUGAUCCUCCUGUUGCUGAAACACCCCUUGGUCAUAAAAAAGAUGCAGCAGGAGCUGGUGUCCCAUGAUGUCACCGGGCAGUGCCAUUGCCUCGCUGCAGGAGAUUCUCUGACAAACCAUCAGUAUUGCCCAGAGACUCUGGUCAUCCAUGGAAAAGAGAACAAAGACAGGGAUUCCAAUCCACCUCUUCCACCCAUGCUGGAAGGAGAACUAGACAGAGAGACAAAGAGGGAAGGCAGAGUCCCUAAGUUGGGUCCCAUUGCUAGAGCAGCCCAAGGAACUGUCCAUGGGACUACAAACUGCCCUUGCUUAGCACCCAAACAAGAAGAAGCAAGCCAAGUCCUCGGCGAGUUGGAAAGACAUGAGCACUAUUGUCAGUCUUACUUGACCCUGGAGAAGAUGAGCCGCCUACGGUACUUGGAUUGCGUCAUCAAGGAAGUGCUGCGUUUGCUGCCCCCAGUGUCCGGAGGCUAUAGGACAGCCUUACAAACCUUUGAACUGGAUGGCUGCCAGAUUCCCAAGGGCUGGAGUGUGAUGUACAGUAUUCGGGACACACACGAGACUGCCAACAUCUAUCAGAGUCCACCAGACAUGUUUGACCCGGAGCGGUUUUGGGUGCCGCAGGAGGAACGGGAAGAGCACAAAGGAGCUGGCCCCGUCCGCUUUCACUAUAUCCCCUUUGGUGGGGGAGUCCGAAAUUGCAUAGGCAAAGAACUGGCCCAGAUGGUCCUCAAGUUGCUUGCUAUUGAACUGGUCAGCACAGCCCGCUGGGAGCUGGCCACAGCACACUUCCCUAAGAUGCAAACGGUGCCUAUUGUGCACCCGGUGGAUGGCUUGCAGCUCUAUUUCCAUCCUCUGAAGCAGGGAAGAGAAAGCAGCGGAACCAGCAAAACAGAGACUUGAGAACCAUAAACUUCACACGCAUUUCCAGCUGAGGAUCGUGGCAGAACAUGUUUCCAGGACAAAACAUUUGUCCUCCCCCAGUGUAGGUUUUUUCAGCUGGUGCAAGCCCCAUCCCUGUCUGUUGGUUGUGGGAGGGGAAAGGAUGAAGUCUGCGGUCCUUAAUGGGCUGUGAGUUUCCUAUUAGCAUCCAUUCAGAGACAUGCAUCUUUCUUAGUUGCACUUUUUGUUUGUGUGUCUGUGUCUGUGUGAUGCCAGUUUGGGAUCUGGUUAGAGAAAUCACGGUCCAAAGUUAGAUGUCUCAGAAGGAAUCCUAGGAAACAUUGUCAGUUGUCUAUUAGGAGAAGCAAAAGAUGUGUAGGUCAAGUAGGUCUUGUGCAGGUCAAGUAGAGGGUUUGUUACCCGAGAGUGUUCUGCAUUGUUACCUGAGAGUGUUCUGUAGAUCUAACCUGCUCCUGGAAAAAAUUUCAUCGGAGCAGCUCACAGCUUAGGACAAGAUCGCUCCUCUGUCAUCACAAUGUAGUGGUGGGUCUGUUCCUGAUGGGAAGGAAAGUCAGUCAACCAUCUGCCUGCCAAAUAGAUAUGCUGUAAGUAUAUCGCAAAGCAGGCAUAGGAACUGUCAGAUGAGUGGUGGUGGUAGUGCCUAUCAGAGGGCAGGUGAAGGAGAAGAUGGUAUGUGGAUACAUAUACAGGUCUACUCAGCUGGAGUUCAAUGGCACUGACUCCCAGGUUAAGUGUGCCUGGGAUUGCAGCCUGAUUCAUCUGCCAGACUGCAUUGCUAUUGGCUGGUCUUAAUUUCACACCAGUUAGAAAUGCAGACUAGUUAUGGAUUUGGGAUGCUAGGCUGUUAGGAGAAAUAUGGGGAGGAUUUCUUAGGUAUGGUUUGCAUCAUGCAUACAUGUUAUUUGAUUUCUUAUUCCUUCAUACUUCAUAGCUGAAUGUAUGAGCCAACUCCACUGAAAACAUUGAGGUGAUAUAUAGACCCUAUUUCUGGAACUCUGACCUGUGAUGGCUCCUUGGCAAAUUCAAGUCAUCAGACAAUGAUCAUGCACUUAAUCAACCUUCACUUGGUCAUUGGUCUGCUCAAGAUGAUCUCUAGAAGCUCACACCAAACUGCCAACAGGGUACAGUUCCCACGAUGGUGGCACUCUGUCCCGUCCCGCCCCCCCCCCAAAAACCCCAGUAGCAGUGGUUGGGUUUAAAUUAGUUCCAACUCACAAACCAACUGGUUUGUGGAUCUUGGCUUAUUAGUACAUAGCUUUAAUUCUGUACCCCUGUUCAUUAUAGGCCAAUGCUGUGUAUUGUAUAAAAUCUCUUAUUCCUGAGUGGUGUCUCUGAAGUCCUUUGGAAAUCUUUUGGCUCAAGAGUGCUGUUAGUGCCUCUCUCCAGCUGAUUAUGAAAGCACUUCAUAGAAAUGGGGAAAAAUGUGAGUGGGUUAUGCUGCUGGUGUGAGCCAAGGAGGAGUGGAUAGUGGAAUUGUAGAAGUGAAGUGGUGUAUGUGGUUAAUCUACAGUAUCUAAAUUUCAACCUGUGGACAAGCUCCCAUGCAAAUGUCCAAGUGUGUAGGAUGCUGCUUUAGUGACAAAGGUUGGACAAAAUGUCUUGGUAGCUUACAAUAUUGCAAUAGCAUCUCCCGUUUCCUAUGGACAUCUGCUUAAAGCUACUGUAGGAAUUGCCAUCUCUAGUGGCCCAUGGAUUGCGGCAUUUAGGAUAAUUUGAGAAGAAGAAAACCAGACCGCUAGCUGUGAAUUAGAAACUCAGAAAGAAGAUACUUUUUAAAAAAGGAAACAUACAGGCGAUAUGAAUCUACAAUGUGCAGGGCUGCAAUGGCCAUUCCUAUUACUUGUAGACAGCAAGAAAUACUGUCUUGUUAGGGGCUUAGUUCCUGCUGUACACACUUCACGUUUCAGGUGCGGGUUACUUGAUUAAAUGCUAUUCCAUACAAAAACAAAGCAAAGCAAAAAACUGGCAUGUCUGAUAGAAGGCUAGCCUAGAACGCUUGUUUUUGACAUGUCAAUUGUCUAUGCAUAUGACUUUUUUUUGAAUUGAGGAACUUUUCAUCAUGUGGGCUCCCCCUGCCAGCAGUCUGAAGUAGUGCAGUCCAGGCACGUUUGCCACCUCCUUGAGAACAAGCCUUCCUUAUAAGCAGCACUUCAAAGGUGUCCUUGCAAUUCUGCCUUCCCUUAGGAUGUAGACACCUCAAGUAGCCUAGCCCUAGAUGCAUCAGAUGUUGUAUAGUGGUGUUGUAUGUUCAACAUUGUACUGUGGUGACCACCAUGCUGCUGCAGACUAGCAAUAAACGUUUGAGGUAACAUAGUCCCCAGGUGAAAUUCUGUACAGGUUUUCACCAGGGACAAGAUCUUUCAGGAACGAACCAUGUCAGAAAGAUGUCCUGUCCAGUUUUGUUUAUUAAAAAUGUUUGUCAUGACACACUGAGUAGUUGAGAGCUGGGCUUGCCUUGGAGCAUUCCGAUAAGAACUUCACCUGGUUUUUGAGCCAGAACACCCAUUAACCCAGCCAAAAUCAUGCCUUAGGGAACACAAUUACACAAGAAGAUCCCUCCGAAACAGGCCAAUGGCUCAUCUAGUCCAGCUUCCUGUUCUCAGAGUGGUCAACCAGAUGUAUUCCCUUCUCAGGGAAGACCUGGGAAAUAAUCUGUUAACAGUGGCUGACAUUUACACACACAAAAAAGAUCCUUGUUGUAUACUGACAAAGCAAGAGGAUUUUAAUUUGAGUCAAAAGUACUACAAGAAGGAAAGUAUGGCUGAUCACCUUUCUAGCAUAGCAAUUAACAUUGCAAUUCUAACCAUGUGUUCUCAGAAGUAAGUCCUAUUGAAUUAAAUGGGUCUUAUGCACAGGUUAGCUGGGGCUGGAUUGCAGCCUUAAUUUUCAAGGAAGCCCAUUUAUCAUUGCAGCAAUGACUACGGCUGAAAAUUUUGAUCUUCUAAAGACCAUUGGUGGGAUUUAUUCUCAACAGAAAACAAAAAUUUAAAUUACUCUGACAACUAUUGAAAUUAGUUCAGGUGUUCACAGGAAAAGUCUGUGUUAACAGCAGAUGGGCAUAUUCUCCCUUAUGUGAAAUAUGAGGAAAUGCAGCUUUUAAAAUAUUGAACCUGUUAGGUUGCAUCAGGGGUACUCAGUCCCACCCACACUCAAUCUGCCUCCCCCCCCCUUGUAUUGAGAUUUGAACAUCCUGGCCCACCCACCUACACUUUCUCUGUUGCUGGCAGCAAAGCUAAAGUUUGGGUUGCCCCCAAAGUGGACCUCACCAAAUUAAAGUUGUAGAACUAAGCUGGAAGCUUUCCUCCUUACGAAGACACCAUCUCCUGAGUAUAUCAGAGAUCUUGAUAGCUCAGCAAUACAACCUUGAAAAUACAGAACAGCAUGCCUAUUAGUGUCCUAUGAUACAAGCCCUCGGAUUGCAAUCUUAGACACCCUUACAUGGGAAUAAGUCCCAUUGAACUCAGUGGGACUUGGAAGUAAGCCGGGAGUGGGGUGUAAUUUUGUUUAAUGCACAGCUUUGACACCAAUGGAUGCCCAUUUUAAUGUCAUUUCAGUUCUAAGUAAUGGCUACUGGUGCUCUUGUUCUUUUGUGCAUGACAGCAUCUGUUCCAGAUUUUUAUUUGGUUGGAUGGCACCUUGUAAGCCUCCUUCUGGCAACUCCUGCAGGCAAGGUGCUGCCAAACAUACUGCUCUGAUUUCCUUUGGACCACAUCAGUGAGGCUGAGACAGGGGUCCUGUCAUAUUGGCACCCCCAGAACCUCCAUAUCCAUGCACUCUCUUCUCUCUUGAGACAGACGAAUGCCAACUAUAUACCACAAGUUUCUUAUAUAUACCAAAACAAGUUAGUACAGACAUUACUGGUAGCUAGUUCAUCCUACUAGUCAUAUAUAAUACACAACAGAGAGUUAUUUCCAGGUACCAGUAAGAAGCAGUUGUCUACAUUCACUCUCUGGUGUCAAAGUUAAAAUAUAGCCAUUUUCUCCACCUGGUGGCAUUUAAAACAAACUACAACAGAAUGUAUCUUUGAGUUCAGUUAUUUCUAAUCACUUUAAAGGGGUCUGUGGUGUAUAAUAACUGGUUGGUUGUUUCUAAUUGCUCUGUGGUUUGUGCAGGAGAGUUUUUUUUAAGCAUUAAGAUUAAUAACAAGAGGAGUCAAAACAAACUUUCUUUGUGAUCAGUUUUACAUCUCCUUGCUUCAAUGGAUGGAGAGAUGAAUCAUCCCACCAUCCCCACUCCUGCCAAUUUUUACUGAAGACCAGCUUUCCACAACCUGGUGCCCUUGAGAUAUUUUGGACUACAACUUCUAUCAGCUCCAGUCUCAGGUUGGAGAAGGAUGCUUGAGAUGAUCACUAUGUCUUAAAUUAACUCCUGAUUUUAGUUAUAUUCCCUCUCUUGCAGCUGAAACAAAUUUGGGGAAAACAUCGUCCUAACUCAGUUGUAUUAGGAAUUUGUUUUCUGAUAAUUUGAAUCCACUCACAGAGGCAGGUGUGAAUACUGUUAGGUUUAGGAGGAGGAGUUAAGGAGAAAAACAAAAUUGGCAAAUUGAUACUGGAAAGUAUUGCCUUUAAAGUAAUAAGCAAAGACAAAUGUCAAAGCCAAAAAGUCAACUUCAGAUUUUGAGAAGGGCUGAACUUUGAGUCUGUGAAAAGCUCCAUUUCUACCUCCUCCCUGCAGAUUUAUAAAAAUUGCUACCAACCCAGCUUCCAACGUUCUUCAAGUCACCAUGUCAUCAGGUGGACAUGGCACUUUCCAUUGUGCAAUUUUUAAAACUGCGAAUGGAUCCAUUCUUCUGUCCAGAGGCAGUUUUUAAGGCAAUAUAUUCACGCUUCUGUUUUGUGGGCUCAAAAUACUAGAUUUAUUUAUUUAUUUGCUGAAUUUAUAUACCGCCCUAUACCCGGAGGUCUCAGGGCGGUUCACAGAAAAGAUCACAAUAUAUAAAAUCAAAAUAAGAACAAUAACCCAAUAACACACACACACCCCAAAAAAGAGAGCCACAUUUUAAAAGGGUAUAGGAUGUCAAUCAGGUCAAUCAAAGAUCUUGUUAAAAAGGAAUGUUUUUGCCUGGCGUCUAAAGGUGUAUAAUGAAGGCGCCAGGCGAACUUCCCUGGGGAGAGCAUUCCACAGACGGGGAGCCACUGCAGAGAAGGCCCCUUCCUGUGUUGCCACCCUCCGGAUCUCUCAAGGAGGGCCUCAGAAAGGAAUCUCAGGGACUGGGUAGGUUCAUAUGGGAAGAGGCAGUCCUUGAGGUAUUGCAGUCCUGAGCAGUUUAAGGCUUUAUGGGUCAAAACCAGCACUUUGAAUUGGGCCUGGAAACUAAUUGGUAGCCAGUACAGUCGGUUCUCAUUAUGGUGAGGUCUUGUUAGCUGUUAAUUAUGUUUAAACAGAAACACUAUUGCUGCGACCCCUGUCCUGGGUAAAAUUUGCCUAAAAUAUUACCUUGGAUACUGCCUGUGCUGAAUUGAUAGUGUGUAGUUGUACCAUAAUAUUCCAGUGUUAUUGCCAGUAAAUGGCUGUCUUAAAAUGGAGUUAGCAGAAGCGAAAGUAUCCUCUGCUUUGUUCUUACCACCAGAUAAUCAAUCAUGAAAUGAAACAAGCAUUUAGACAUAGUUUUCUUUAAAAUAUCAUGUCUUAUAUGAGGUUAUCUUCUUCUGCUUCCUAUGAUUGCCGCUGUUUUUACUUACACUGUAAGGCACUCAGAACAGAAAUUCAGCAGAUGGAGCAUUCGGAAACCCACAUCUGCAGAAUAUUUGUUAGUCCUGCAGUGGUUAAUCCUGCUUCCUAUCAGGGGCCUCGGGAGUCAAAAUACCAGCCCUGAUUCCAUUUACAUUCUGAAAGGAAGAUGCCUGUUGGGUUCAUUGGACUUUAACCCUGGCCUAAAUAAACUUCAUUCAUAUCUAGUUAAAGUGUCUGAUUAAGGGAGUCUUCACGUGCCUGACACCAUGGCUUGAAACAGAUUUGUUGGGAAUCAAGUCUCACUGCUAUCAGUGGAAUUUAUACUGUCAUUCUUAGUGUGACUUCUUAUUAGUAUUCAUUGGGGCUGUCCCAGAAGUAAAACAUUGUAGUUGAUUAAUUCUAUGAGUUCUAGUUGAUUAAGUCAUUGUUCAAUCAACUGCAUUUUUAUAAGUUUGCUUACAGCUAGGUAGUCCAAAACAAACAAACAAACAAGCAAGCAAGCAAGCAUACAAACAUGUGACCAAGGCACCCACUUACAAGAGCUGUUUUUUACAUGAGAAAGAACGGGAAACGGUUCUUCCAAGCUGUAGAUUUUUGUUUAUAUACUGUAAUUGUAUAUCACUGAUUUGAGGGUGUG